CCGGGAGAGACCUGCGCAGGCGCAGGCGCGCGGGGAGGGCCAGCCUGGGUGGCCCACAGCGCCCGGCGGGACUGGCCGCCAACUCCCCUCCGCUCCAGUCACUCGUUUGGAGCUUGAAGAAGUGGGUAUUCCCCUUCCCACCCCAGGCACUGGAGGAGCGGCCCCCCGGGGAUUCCAGGACCUGAGCUCCGGGAGCUGGACUCGCAGCGACCGCGGCAGAGCGAGCGGGCGCCGGGAAGCGAGGAGACGCCCGCGGGAGGCCCAGCUGCCCGGAGCAACUGGCAUGGCCCGAGCCAUGGCCGCCGCGUGGCCGCUGCUGCUGGUGGCGCUACUGGUGCUGUCCUGGCCACCCCCAGGAACCGGGGACGUCGUCGUGCAGGCGCCCACCCAGGUGCCCGGCUUCUUGGGCGACUCUGUGACGCUGCCCUGCUACCUACAGGUGCCCAACAUGGAGGAGACGCACGUGUCACAGCUGACUUGGGCGCGGCAUGGUGAAUCUGGCAGCAUGGCCGUCUUCCACCAAACGCAGGGCCCCAGCUAUUCGGAGUCCAAACGGCUGGAAUUCGUGGCAGCCAGACUGGGCGCGGAGCUGCGGAACGCCUCGCUGAGGAUGUUCGGGUUGCGCGUCGAGGAUGAAGGCAACUACACCUGCCUGUUCGUCACGUUCCCGCAGGGCAGCAGGAGCGUGGAUAUCUGGCUCCGAGUGCUUGCCAAGCCCCAGAACACAGCUGAGGUUCAGAAGGUCCAGCUCACUGGAGAGCCAGUGCCCGUGGCCCGCUGCGUCUCCACAGGGGGUCGCCCGCCGGCCCAAAUCACCUGGCGCUCAGACCUGGGCGGGAUGCCCAAUACGAGCCAGGUGCCAGGGUUCCUGUCUGGCACAGUCACUGUCACCAGCCUCUGGAUAUUGGUUCCCUCAAGCCAGGUGGAUGGCAAGAAUGUGACCUGCAAGGUGGAGCAUGAGAGCUUUGAGAAGCCUCAGCUGCUGACUGUGAACCUCACCGUGUACUACCCCCCAGAGGUAUCCAUCUCUGGCUAUGAUAACAACUGGUACCUUGGCCAGAAUGAGGCCAUCCUGACCUGCGACGCUCGCAGCAACCCAGAGCCCACAGGCUAUAAUUGGAGCACGACCAUGGGUCCCCUGCCACCCUUUGCUGUGGCCCAGGGCGCCCAGCUCCUGAUCCGUCCUGUGGACAAACCAAUCAACACAACUUUAAUCUGCAACGUCACCAAUGCCCUAGGAGCUCGCCAGGCAGAACUGACCGUCCAGGUCAAAGAGGGACCUCCCAGUGAGCACUCAGGCAUGUCCCGUAAUGCCAUCAUCUUCCUGGUUCUGGGAAUCCUGAUUUUUCUGAUCCUGCUGGGGAUCGGGAUUUAUUUCUAUUGGUCCAGAUGUUCCCGUACGGAGCAUGCCAGUGCCUCAGCUAAUGGGCAUAUCUCCUAUUCAGCUGUGAGCAGAGAGAACAGCUCUUUCCAGGAUCCACAGACAGAGGGCACAAGGUGACAGCGUCAGGACUGAGAGGGGAGAGAGACUGGAGCUGGCAAGGACAUGGGCCUCCAGAGUUGGACCCGACCCCAAUGGAUGAAGACCCCCUCCAAAGAGACCAGCCUCCCUCCCUGUGCCAGACCUCAAAACGAGGGGGGCAGGUGCAAGUUCAUAGGUCUCCAAGACCACCCUCCGUUCAUUUGCUAGAAGGACUCACUAGACUCAGGAAAGCUGUUAGGCUCACAGUUACAGUUUAUUACAGUAAAAGGACAGAGAUUAAGAUCAGCAAAGGGAGGAGGUGCACAGCACACAUUCCACGACAGAUGAGGCGACGGCUUCCAUCUGCCCUCUCCCAGUGGAGCCAUAUAGGCAGCACCUGAUUCUCACAGCAACAUGUGACAACAUGCAAGAAGUACUGCCAAUACUGCCAACCAGAGCAGCUCACUCAAGAUCUUUGUGUCCAGAGUUUUUUGUUUGUCUUGAGACAGGGUCUGGCUCUGUUGGCAGACUGGAGUACAGUGGUGAGAUCACAGUUCACUGCAGCCUUGACUUCUCAACUCCAAGUCAUCCUCCCACCUCAGCCUCCUGAGUAGCUAUGACUACAGGUAUGUGCCACCACGUCUGGCUAAUCUUUUUAUUAUUUGUAAAGUCGAGAUUUCCCUGUGUUGCCCAGGCUGGUCUUGAACUCUUGGCUUCAAGUGAUACUUCUGCCUUGGCCUCCCAAAGUGCUGAAUUAAGCAGCUCACCAUCCACACGGCUGACCUCAUACGUCAAGCCAAUACCAUGUGGCCCAAGACCCCCACCAUAAAUCACAUCAUUAGCAUGAACCACCCAGAGUGGCUCAAGACUCCCAGAUCAGCUACCAGGCAGGAUAUUCCAAGGGCUUAGAGAUGAAUGCCCAGGAGCUGAGGAUAAAGGGCCCGAUCUUUCUUUGGGCAAGGUUAAGCCUUUACUGCAUAGCAGACCACACAGAAGGGUGUGGACCACCAGAGAAUUUUGGUAAAAAUUUGGCCUCUGGCCUUGAGCUUCUAAAUCGCUGUAUCCGUCAGAUCUCUGUGGUUACAAGAAACAGCCACUGACCCUGGUCACCAGAGGCUGCAAUUCAGGCCGCAAGCAGCUGCCUGGGGGGUGUCCAAGGAGCAGAGAAAACUACUAGAUGUGAACUUGAAGAAGGUUGUCAGCUGCAGCCACUUUCUGCCAGCAUCUGCAGCCACUUUCUGCCAGCAUCUGCAGCCAGCAAGCUGGGACUGGCAGGAAAUAACCCACAAAAGAAGCAAAUGCAAUUUCCAACACAAGGGGGAAGGGAUGCAGGGGGAGGCAGCGCUGCAGUUGCUCAGGACAUGCUCCUAUAGGACCAAGAUGGAUGCGACCCAAGACCCAGGAGGCCCAGCUGCUCAGUGCAACUGACAAGUUAAAAAGGUCUAUGAUCUUGAGGGCAGACACCAGAAUUCCUCUUAUAAAGAAAACUAUUUGGGAAAAUACGUUGAGGGAGAGAAGACCUUGGGCCAAGAUGCUAAAUGGGAAUGCAAAGCUUGAGCUGCUCUGCAAGAGAAAAUAAGCAGGACAGAGAAUUUGCUCUGGACAGAGAUGGAAGAGCCGGGAACAGAGAAGUGUGGGGAAGAGAUAGGAACCAGCAGGAUGGCAGGGGCAAAGGGCUCAAGGGUGAGGAGGCCAGUGGGACCCCACAGAGUUGGGGAGAUAAAGGAACAUUGGUUGCUUUGGUGGCAUGUAAGCUCCUUGUCUGUCUCCAGCACCCAGAAUCUCAUUAAAGCUUAUUUAUUAUACCUCCAGCGGCUGCGUGCAAUGGGGUCUCUUGUGGAAAUCAAGGAGCAGACGGGUUUCAUGUGUACUGUCACCACGUGGGAUGGAACCAGAGGCAUGGAAGCAAGAUGCUAAAUGAAGAGGGCCAUAAGGGCUGGGAUUCCCAGGCACCUUAGGAACAGCUUGUCUUUUUUUUUUUCCUCUCCAGAAAAAAUGUUUAAGGGACGGUGUCUCCUGUCACCCAGGCUGGAGUGCAGUGGCAUGAUCAUAGCUCAUUGCAGCCUCUAACUCCAGGGCUCAAGCAGUCCUCCCACUUCAGCCUCCCAAGUAGCUGUGACCACAGCUGCCCCUCACCAUGCCAAGCUAAUUUUUUUAAUUAGAUAGUACAUAAAUGUCCCAAAAUUAGAAGUUAUAAAAAGACAUGAGGGAUCCAUUCUAAUUUGUGUUUGGAGUGUAAUGGUCCAGCUCCAUUCUUCUGCACAUGGAUAUACAGUUUUACACAACACUGUGAAUGUAAUGAAUGCCACUGAAUCAUACACUCAAAAAUAGCUAAAAUGGCAAAUUGUUAUCUCUUUUUAACCACCAUUUUUGAAAAUUAAUUAUACCAAAAAACCAUUGAAUAGUGCACUUUAUUUAUUUAUUAUUUGUCUAUUUAUUUAUUUAUUUUAGAAACAAGAGUCUCACUUUGUUGCCCAGGCUGGAGUGCAGUGGCGUGAUCAUGGCUCAUUGCAGCCUCGACCUGCUGGGCUCGGGCUAUCCUUCCAUCUCAGCCUCCCGAGUAGCUGGGACUAUAGGUGGGCGCCACCCCACCUGGCUAAAUUUCUUUAUAACUUUUGUAGAGAUAGGCAUCUCACUAUGUUGCCUAGGCUGGGCUGGAACUCCUGGGCUCAAGUGCUCCUCCGGCCUUGGCCUCCCAAAGUGCUAGGAUUACAGAUGUGAGCCACCGGGCCCACCCUGAACCUUACUUUUUUUGCUCAGUUUCUGGUAAUUCAGAGAAUGCCUCCUUAGUUCUACACCUACCUCAUAUUCCAUGGGAGGGAUGUACAGGGCUUUUUUAACGAGGCCUCUAAGGACAGGCAUUUGUAUCAUUUCCAGCCUUUUACUAUUACAAUGUUGUAGUGAAUAACUUUACACACUGUCAUUUAUUUUACUUUUUUUUUUUUUAUUUUAGAGACAGGAAUCUUGCCAUCUUGCCCAGGCUGGUCUCAAAUUCCUGGGCCCAAACAAUCCUCCCGCCUUGGCCUCCUAAAGUACUGGGAUUUAUAGGCAUAAGCCACCGUGCCUGGCCAAUGCACACUGUCAUUUAGCUCAUGUUAACACCUGAGUGUAGGACACACUCCUGGAGGUGGAAUUGCUGGGCCAAAGAGUAUGUUUCUUGUCAUUGUGAUAGAUAUUGACAAAUGAACCCUCACAGAAGUUGUGCUGAGUUCUGUUCCCACCAGCAACGUAGGCGAUGACCUUUUUCUGGAGGGAGGGGGCAUCCUUGAAGUCCACAGAGCCAGGAAUGGAGAGUGGGCCCAGAAUUUUGGUAUAGGUGUUGUAUAAACUUAUAGUGAGGUUAAGAAAACAGCAACUAUCCUUAUCAGAGACUUGGCGGGGGGCAGGGUAUGAUGGAGAUCAUAAGCAGGCUAAAACACUCCACACCCUCCCUCUGCAUUGCUCCUGCACGGGAGUCGGGAAUCUUUUCAGGUUGAUACGAUCUCACCUUGAGGAGCUGUGAGGUCCCAGAAGCCUCUGGGUUGCAGAUUGCUUGGGGUGAAAAUGUCUGUGCUACUGAAAUCUAACUUUUUUAAAAAUACUACGGGCUGGGCGCAGUGGCUCACGCCUGUAAUCCCAGCACUUUGGGAGGCUGCAGUGGGUGGAUCACUUGAGGUAAGGAGUUCAAGACCAGCCCACAGUGAAACCGUGUCUCUACAAAAAAACUUAGCCAGGUGUGGUGGUGCAUGCUUGUAAUCCCAGCUACUCAGAAGGCUGAGGUGGGAGAAUCCCUUGAACCCGGGAAGUGGAGGCUGCAGUAAACCAUGAUCGAGUCACUGCACUCCAGCCUGGGUGACAAGAGCGAGACUCUGUCUCCAAAAAAAAAAAAAAAAAGAACUGGAUUGUCUGGCUCUACUCUGGGCACGGCAUGCAGGCCCAGUUCUGCUGCUCUGCUGUUUGUUCUGCUUUCCUCCACAUAUUGGCAUCACCCUCUGGUGCCAAGAUGGCUGCUGCAUUCCAGGCAUCACAUCCAGACUCAGACCCAGAGAAGCUGCCCAUCCCUACCUGGGUGAGCCUUUGUAGGAACGAGAAACCGCAUCCAGCAGCAGAAACCUCACCCAGCAGCAUCUUUUCCGGUCUCAUUCACCAGCGCUGCCCACCGCUCAACCAAUCCCUGGCCAAAAGAAUGGGACCGCCUGGAAGGCUGGACCAAACAGGACCUGCCCUCUGGGGCUGGGGAGAGGCCCAGAUGAAGGCUGCAGGACAGCAUGGACUCCUAGACCUCUGUUACCAGCAGUGACUACCUCUGUCUGGGUGGUUGGAACAUGUUUGAAUUUUAUUCUAAGUACUGUCUAAAAGUUCUGCAAUAAACCUUGACUCUUCUUUUAAUAAUGCAAAA